AUGCCCAACCUGGAACAGUCUCCAAACACGUUAGACACUAUUCCAAACGCCACACAAGCGCUCUCAAACCUUUUUAUUCAAAAAUAUUUCGAAAAGGCUUUUUAAUGAAUUUUUAAAAAUAUUGGAGACCAAGAAACACCUGGGUUUCUUUUUACUAUUCAGUAAAAAAGGCACGAAAAGAGGCGGAGCUUGCCUCGCUGCAGUUGCCGUUGAUGCGCAAUCUGCCCCGCGGUUUGUGUGGCAGCGUAGAGGUCUGCCGCCAUCUCGUUUCACAUUUCUGUUCCGACAGUCCGACUAAUCCUCAAUCGUCGGUAGUCGUCCGUUGCACAGUAUCCUUUUUUGAACCCCCGCUCAACGGCCACCUGAAAGUUGCUCAAUUCAAACAGGUGUGAGGCUACCGCCACCUGUCGGCACCGCCGGUAAUCCGGACUGUGAAUCGCCUUGUCAACCAUUCGAAUCGCAUUUUGCAACGUUUUCCGACGAUUUGCAUCUCAUUUUAUUUUUGUUAUAGGCACUGACUUCAAAACUUUGUGAUAUAACCCUUUUCAACAAGAUCUGAAUCUGCUCAAACAUUUUCAUGUUUUCUGAUUUUUGUCUGAUCCUUCCUUAUUAUCAAAGCAGCUGUCAUGAAUGCUAUCAAAAAUUUGAAAUUUUUUUAUUCGACUUUUUAAUUUCAUUUCAAAUCAAAAUAUUCUUCAGUUAAGUGGUCUUGACCGGGUGGCAAGUUGCAAGCGAUUGCACCUUGUUUCUUUUUUUUUGGAGCUCUUCCGACAGUUUGCAUCUCUUUUUCCUGCCUGCUCAACCAAGUUCAAUAAAAACUCUUUUUUUCAAGGUUCAUUUUUUUAGAAACAUUCAGAGUUCACGGUUUUUUUGUCGUUCAUUGUUUGAAACGAUUUUUGACUUUAUUUUUGUUGAGUCUGUAAUCAAAAAUACUUUCAGUGAGAAUCUUUAUUGAUCAAAAAAAUUAGAACAUAUAUAUAUUUAUAGUUUUCGAAUUUCCCGUUCUAAUUUUGUUCAAAACUGACUUGGGCUUUCUUGUUUUUAAAUUGACUUCUGUUCCGCUGAGAAAAAAACUGUCGUUGACAAAAUAAACAUUUUGAUUAUUGUAGAGUUGCUACUUUCAGUUUAAUUUUUUUAUCAAAAUUUGAACCUAGGUUGAAAAAAACUCUCAAAUUAAUACUUUUGGUCGUUUUAUGUUGGAAAGUUAUAAGCCCUAACAUGUAUUCAAUGAAUCAUUCUGAAAUUUUUCUACUUUUUAUGAAAAUUGUCCUUAUCUCAGUUCCAGAAAAUGCGACGGUGUCUAUAGAUGAGAAAAAUGUCAGCCUUCCAACAUUGUCUUUUUUUUAAUUUGCUUUUUCUUCUUUUGUUUUUUUCAGAAAAUUACAGAAAAUCAAAUUUUUUUUCUUUUUAUCUAAUUCUUCUUUAACUUAUUGUUUUGUCUUACCCGUGUGAACUUGUUCAAACUUUGUUUAAACACAAAUUGAUUCAUCAAAUCAGCCGGUUUCAGAUGCCAUGCGGCUAAUCGUGUGGCCAGGCCUGUUGCAGACGUUCCUACUAUGGAGGACAACGGAAACUUUACGACUGGGUUGGUUUUUCUUUUUCUUUCCACAAUUGUUUUUCCUCGCUUCUCACGCCUCAAAGUGAGCUUGUUUUUCUAGAAAUCUGAGACUCUUGCGAAUUAUCGGUGUCAGAUGUCGUAUGGGAUUUGAUUUUUUCACACUUUACGACUGAAUAAGAAGUGUUACUGAGGCGAUUUCUAACAAAACCCGUAAAUUUUUGGAACUUCUCCGACUGAGUGAAUUGGUAAUAAAUGACUUUUGUGGCCGUUCCAUUUGGCCGUCACUUAAGAGAUUGUCAACCAACGCCCUCUGCACCCGUUCACACCACAUUUCUCAUGUUGCUUUUUCUGCAAACGUUCAAAUUUGAGUUCCAGUUUGUUUAUUCUUCUUGGAAGGCCUCAAGAAAAUGAAAUCUGAAGUGAGAAACGCGUAAGAGCUAUUCAUUCUUUAUAGCUCUGAAAAAGUUCUAUUGAAACUCAAUAGUCUUCUUUUUAGAAAUAAAUUUUCUGAUUUUAUGAUUUUUUUAUUUAUGACAGCAAUUAAGGACUAUAAAAAAAUUGACAGAAUGUCUAUAGAAUUUUAAAAAAACCGCUUUUUCUAGAACUUCUCUGCUUUGUAACUUGAUUUUUUUGCUUCAGCGUUAUCUUUUUUUCAGUCUCGUUGAAAAUUUAUCAAGCGACUCCUUAAUUUUUAGAUAUUUUGUUGAUAAACAGACUGGACCUUUGUAUCAAACAUCUUAAGCCGAAAGCAAACACGUAUGCUGGUCAUUUUGGAUUCAAACUUCUAGAGCUUUUUCAGUUUCGAAAGAUUUAACCAAUUUUGGAAAAAAAAAAUAUGAAAACUGGUAGACCAGGAGCUUCUAGAGGGUGUGUACAAGCCAAAGCGGUGCCUAAAUCUAUACUCAAAUACUCAAACGAGUCGAAACGGCACACAUAUUACGCGACUCUUUUGACUGUUCCCUCGCAAAAUAGAGGGGCGAAAUAGGCUUGCUCGUCGAGACGUUUGAAAAGCAAUUAGUUUGCAAGUUGCUGAAGGUUUCGGCCUCCCUAAUUUCCCAAAACAAGACGCAAUUAUAUCGUGAAGAAAUUGACUGCAUGUAGGUGGGUCAGGUCAAGUCAACAAAACUUCUGGUCGUCCAGAAAGUUGUGGGGUUUUGAUUGAGUCAGUGCACGAGGAACGGGAGUUUCAUUCAUUUUUGAAGACAACUGAAGACAAACGAGAAACAGAAGAAGUGAACACGGACCAUUUGUUUCUGUCAAAGGAUUCACUCGAUUUGUUGUUGACGAGCCGCCGCAUGAAUGUCGGUGCGAUAAAUUUGCAUAAUGUUAAAAAGGCAACAACCCGUCAACAAGCCAUUUUGGCCUUUUAUUCCCAAAUUUCGGCGACAAAUUCAAUCUUUGGGUAGUUAAUUAAGUAGAAGGCCAAUCUUGAGAUAAAAUUUUUUUGUUUUCAAUUCCGUCGAUUUUAGAGUAUAAGGCUAAUUAUCGAUAAAAAACGAGCAGAAUGCUUUCCCGUGAUAUUUUUCAGAUUUUUCCCGCAAUAAUGCAAUAAUCUAGGGAUACGAGAAGUGCUUCAAAACACAUGUUGUCCUACGAAAUUUUUAUGGAUAUUCAUUGUCCAUCCAUUGCCUCUUCACAAAGAAAAAAACUGAAAUCGCUGUACUAAGAUGAAAUGACAAGAAAUUCUAAUUUACGUGAGCUUUUUUUGAUUUUUUUCAAGUAAUUUGAAUAUUUUUCCUGAUAGUUUUUUUCAGCACUAAAAAAAUUUACACAGCCUUUAAAAAAAGCAAUAUGAGGAGUUUGCUUGAUUUUUAAUAGCUUGAUUUUUUUAUACAGAAUAACAGCUUGAAAUUAGACCCGCAGAGGUUCCUCGUUUUUUUGGAACUGAUGCUCGAAAAAUCACUUACAGGGCAUUGUUUGAAAAAAAAACUGAUAGCAAGACUUACAACCAUUUUUUUUCGUAAUUUGAAAAAUUGAUUAUUUUAUCCAAACACUGAAAGGUUGAUCAUUUUGAAAAAUUGUGUUUUUGACCGCAUUCUCUUGAGAAGCUGAACUAUCAGGUCCCAGAAAAUCUCUCAACCCAAUGAAAUCACUCAAAAAACUGUUGACCGGAUCAUUGCGCGUCAAAUCCCAUUUUUCACUUUGCAACGAACGACGAGGAGCCGCAAAGACAACGAAAACCCAUUUGGAGCCGGAAUUGAAUGGGUAAUGCGAAGCCGGGAACGUCUUCCUCUGUGAACAAAGUUGUUAACGUGCCUGAUUUCCUCAUUUUCUGAGCAACCGCCGGCAUAUGUUGUGGGACUGCGUUGGCCUCGUCGCUGGAUUUGCAUUCAUAACUAAUUUUUCAUCUGGACACACUGAGCUCCCGUUCGUUUCUCGACAUGGCUAUGUGUGAAGGGCUAGAGCAAUUAGGCGUUAAAAUGAGUGGUGAACGAAGGAAAGUGUCGAAGAAGUUGAAAAAAUGUUUAAAUCUCAAAAAAAAAGGAUAGGGAGGCAUGACUGCAAUAUUGUUCUAACUAGGGUUUCUUUUGAAUAUUUUCUUAGAAAACUCGACAAGAAACAAAUAAAGCAUAUCAAUCUGAAAUUUCCUCCCAUUUCAUAUAUUUGACAAAAUUUGAUUAAAAUAUAUCAGCUGAAACCUGGAAAAUUUAAAUCAUGGUAUGUAUUUUUGCGCAAUUUAUUGUUGCGCAACAGCGCGGACGCCGGGUGUGGUAGAACAAAAGGGCUAGAUGCAACUGUUUUUCCCAAUCGGUAGCAGAUGCCGAGGAACGCCAGACACUCGGCCAUUUACGACAUCUAAGCCCUUGAUUGCCUGGGUGUAAAACUUUUCAGUGGUUUUUCAAAAUAGAACUUUUCUCAAAACUACUGACUAGCGAAUAAUUUUAGCCCCCUUCCCCCUCCGGUUGAACUUUUGAUGAAAAUUUGCUGAAGCGUUUUUUAGGACCUUUGCAGAACAAGAAAAAUUUUUUCGCAAUAGAUCCAGUUUUCGAGUUAUGAAGCUUUGAAGUCCGCAAAAUACGUAAAUUAUGAAAAAAAAAGCGCUAUUUCAAGCUUUUGAAGUGUCCUAACUCGAAAAACAGGCCUAUUGCGAGAAAUUUUUUUUAUUUAUAAUCAGCAGGUCCUUAAAUACACACUUGUCCUAAAAUACACAUCUGUUUCCAGCAAAGUUUCCUCGAAAGUUCAACCGGGGGGUAAAAAGGUUUCCUAAUGACUGAAUGUACACAUUAUUAUGUGUGUUUUACUUAUACCGGUUUUCGAUGGCCAAGCAAAUAAGAAAAAAUAAGCGAGCUGCGGAAAACUGCUUUUUAAACCUUAAAACUUCCAUUUUUCGAUAUUUCUAAUGCUAUAAAAUUUCUUGAUUGGAAAAAAAAUUGUGAAUUAGGCGAAUCGGUAAAUCCGACACAUCUGUUUAUUGCUCAUUAAUUUCGUUCUGCCAUGGCUCAAGUGUGCUCAAUUUUUGAUGCAUCUAGUGAGUCUGAACAUGGAAAUACAUCUGCCGCAGAAGUGCUGCGUUAAUGAACGUUGUACAAGGUCAAGCUGACGUUUUCUGUUGCCAGAACAUCAACAUGAUGGUUUUUUCAGAAGUUAUUUUCCGAUCGCUAAUUUUUCAAUUUUAAAUCCCAAUGGAGAAAUAUUUGAUGUUUUUUUUGUUGUUGAGUGACGACUUAGACUUUUUUUUUUACAAUCUCUUCGAUCACCAAUGUUAGAGAAAGUUGAAAAAUGCCGUUGUUGGAUUUGUGGUCAAGUGUGUCAUCGCAAGAACGUGAUUAUGAAUCUACUCGGCCAGAGAAAAAAAAUGACCCCUAAACUGAUUAUCUCCGUCUGGCAUCAGACGACCGUAAGUGGCGUUGGGUAGACAAAUCAGCAGCCAGCCGUUUGCGGAUAAGUCCCAUCGGCCAAAAAAGUACAAAUAUGCGCGGAAACAUAAAUAGAGACGUUGAUUGAUUGCGUUGACCCAUAUAAUACAGGGGAAUGAGGGAAUUAUGUGUCAAUGAAGGUUUUAGGAAAGAUCUUGAAGACUGAGAAAAGUUGGUUUUUGAUAAGAAUCAUUGAAGCUUUUAUCUUCUUUUUUUUUUCAAAAACAACAAAAAAAAGAUUUAUUUCAGAAGAAUGCGAGACCGGACCUCUGGGGAUGGCUUCUGGAGAUAUCGACGACUUUCAAAUCACCGCCAGUAGCAGUUUUGAUCGUCAAAGUGUCGGGCCGCAAAAUGCAAGGUUAGAUUUAUUUUCCCUUUUUGUUUAGCUUUUUUCUGAAAAUCAUUGUAUCCUCAGCAGUAUGGGGUAAUGAUUGCAAAUUGAAGCUACUCAAAUAGCCACUGACGGAAAAUAAGCCAGCGACGCCGAAAAGGCGAUUAUGCACAUUUUCAAUGCGCCCCUCGCCUCUAUACCUGCGGCUGGUACUAAUUUUCUUAGGACGGGGAGAGUCCCAAAAAUCAAACAAUUAUAAUUGAAAUGUCAACGUCAUGGAAUAGAUUUACAGAUUGAACGCUGAGAUGGCGUCUGGCGCCUGGUGUCCUAAACCUCAAAUCAAUUCCAAGAGCUACGAAUUUCUUCAGGUUCACUUAAUUUUUCAGUUUUUUUUACAAUAGAAAUCAUUUGAGGUCAACUUGAAUCACACCUUUUUGAUAACGGCUGUAGAGACUCAAGGCAGAUAUGGCAAUGGGACCGGAAGAGAAUAUGCCAGCGAAUACAUGAUUGAUUAUUUAAGACCAGAUAGUCAGUGGAUUCGGUAUAAGAACAGAACCGGCCAUACGGUGAGUAACAUUUCUUUCGUAGAAGUAGUUGUGGAUUCUCCUUUUUGCUUUGAGAUUUUCCAACUUUCACAUUUUAAGAUGAUGACUGGAAAUUCUGACACAACUACUGCCGUACUUCGGAAGCUGGACCCUCCUAUAGUAGCUUCUAGAAUAAGAAUCGUCCCGCACUCCAAACAAACACGAACAGUUUGCCUCCGAGCUGAAGUGCAUGGCUGUUUUUAUUCUGGUUGGUUGAUUAUAGGAGUUAUUGGGGAAAUGAUCGGAUUAAGAUGGUUUAAUGUACUAUACAACAGUCCCUGAAGGUUCGCGUCAAGACCAACUCGACUUCAAAGACCCUAUUUUUGAGGACAGCGAUUUGUACACGGAGACGGGAACCAGGAGGUGGCACAGGAAAGAAAGUUAGGUGAAAUAUUUUGGAUUGCAGAGGGCUCGGACUUCUCUCAGAUGGCUAUGCAGAAGCAGAAUCGCCUUUCUCAGAAGAAAAAGCUGUUGCUAGCUGGAUAGGAUGGAACAAACAUCACACCGGUAGGAAUGUUUUUGUUUUUUAUAAUUCAAAUUUUAUUUCAGACGGAGUCAUCAAUCUGCUUUUCGAAUUUGACAGAGUUCACAACUUUUCGGACGUUGUUCUAGCCGCAUUUGGGCAGCGAAUCGACCAAAUCGACGUCAUAUUCAGGUACGUCAAAAGAACAUUAAAUACGAAGGAUUUAUCGUUGCAGCCAAGACGGUAAGAAUUUCCCGUUGUCUUCUCAAAUUUCGUCAAGUGAGAGAGUUGUAAACUCGACAGAGCGAAGGUUGGAAAUGAAUGUUUUUACAUAUUUAUUAGUUAUUUUUCAGAUACGAUUUUCGAGUUCCUUUGCACAAAAGAGCUGGAAAAAAAUUCGUAUGACUCUCCGAUUCUCAUCCGAAUGGUUUUUCCUGACUGAGAUCGACUUCAUUACAAGUAAAUAUAUUCAAAGUUCCAUUUAACUAGUUCGUUUCCACAGUGACUCCCAGCAACGCCUCAUUAGAAGUGCUACGAAUCAAUGAAAUUGGACAAGAUGAUCGUCAAAGAAUUCUUCUUUUGGCAGGUAGACCGUUCGAUUUUUAUCUUUGAUGAAAUUGAAAAACUUGAGGAAUUGCUCUUAUCAUUCUGUUUCUUGCACUGGUGCUCUGCAUCACCUUCUGUUUGCGGCAAAAGGGAAAGGAUGAGAAAAAAGAGCUUCGCGAAGAAGUUUGAAGAGCUAAGCAGAAAUUUGAAAAAUACGCGGUUCUCUAGGUAAUGAAACGGGAUUUGAUCAUCACUCAUAUCGGCAACAAACCCUCGUGUCAUGUAUUCCCUUCAAGCCAUUUGACGUUAGAUCAGAACAAGUCGUUGAUGGGCAACAUGUAUUCUUCACAGAAAACUACCUCUACAAGGUUUGACAUUUUUUAUAAAGAUUCUGAUUAAUAUAAAAAGUUCAGCAUUUCCUCCAAAAGUUCAUUAUCCCAAAAGCACUCGCCGCCAACAUGGAACGAUUUCAAUUUCCCACCACCUCCGCCAGCUGAUUUCUCUGGUUUUCACAAGGAUUUUCAACUUCUGGAACUUGAAAUUUUCAGCAAUAGAGGACCGCAUUUAUGCUGAUCCUUGCGUUACAUUGCCUCUUCUUCCGCCUCAUAGGAAACCUCCACUAAAUAAUACUCCAACAAAAUCAAAAACUUUGUCGGCAAAGCCGAAAAAAGAACAAGGCAAAAUCAACGGGCCAAUGAGUGCUGAGGACAGGUUGGACAUUUUUGGUUUUCUCGAUAUUUGGCUGGAAAAAAGUUGAUUAGUCAAAACAAAUAUUGCGAGAGUUACGCGUGUUGGAACUUUACGAUAAAGAUUUGAGAACAGCCUUUUCCUUGACUUUUUUUUUUUAAACUUGGACCAUUUUUUUAAAGCGUCAUAACUUCUCAAAUGGUUUUAUAUUCAUUUCAAUUAACAGUUGAACUUUUCAGCCUCGAGCGAGUCGCCAAGUUCACUCGUGGAUCUCUCCUGGUUGGAGAUGAUAUUGGCGAGGGAAAAUUCACUGUCGUCAAGGAGUGUAUCAUGCCCGGCGGAUAUCGCUCAGCUCACAAAUCUGUGAAAGAUCCUUCAUCGGCCCAUGGAAGGUUUUUUGAUUUUAACGAUCAUUUUUCAAAUUGAAAAUUCCAGACACGCUUUGAUGGAUGAAAUUCGAACCUUGGCAGUGUGCGGUCGUCAUCCAAGGAUUGUCGAACUUUUGGCCGUUGAUGAAAAUUCAAACCCAAUUUUGGAGUACAUGGAACUAGGAGACGUGAAAAACUUUUUGAAAACAACUCCUGAAGUGAUAGAGUGAGGACAUUACUGAAAUAUCAUGAAAUAGAAGUUUAUUGCAGUAUGAGUACAAUAGUUUCCAUUUGGCUGGAUGUCUGCAGCGGCAUGUCUCAUUUGGAGAAUUUGGGAUUGGUCCACGGUCAUCUCACACCUCACAACAUUUUACUUGAUGAAAACUUGAGAGCCAAGGUUAUUUUCAAAAUAAAAAUCCCGUUUCAAAAAACAAAACUCCAGGUUUCAUCUCCUCGAGGUCCCGCUCAUCACGCUCAGUUGAGAUAUUCGGCUCCCGAAAGCAUAUUAGCGGUUUUUUUUUGAAUAUUCACAAGGAUAUUGGAAUAUUAUUUGUUAAGAAUGAAUUUUCGUCGAGGUCGGACGUUUGGGCCUUUGCCGUUUGUGUUUGGGACUUGGCAAACGGGUGUCGUUUGAUUCCGUUCGAACGGCUUUCUAACGCUCAGUUGGUUGAUAAUGCUGCAGCGGUGAUGGAGAAUCGCGAAGAUGCUGUGAGUAUUGACCGUUUUCGAUGAUAUUUUUUUGAGCUCGAUGAGCAGAAAAUAAAGACAAUACUUCGAGCGUCAAUUCUUGAAAUGUGUCAAAUAAAUUUGCUGAAAGAUUGGUAUAUAAAUACUAUCGUCUAUUUAAAGAAUAUCUUGCAUCCUGCAGUUUUGAAGUAAAUAACCUACUCUUUCAGAAAAUUUUAUAUUCAAACUGAAAACGGAUUUUUUGCAAGAAAACUCCUGAAAAUAAAAAUUCUCCCGCUUUUAAAUUAUUUCCUUCAGUUUUUCAGUUCUUUCCAACUUCCUAUUUCUAAUUUCUAUUUACCCAACGCUUGCUGGCUCUUUUAAAUUAACUAACAUCACUCCGGACAUUGCGCAUUAAAAUAAGUCUAGGCGUUGAUUCAUAUUUCGUCGUGUUUUUCUAGGCUUCAGUAGGCAAAGAAUGAUCGGCUCCUAUGUUCCUAAAAUUUUGAAAAAUGAUCUUGUUUGUAUUAAGUUGGAGGAUUUCAGGUGGCUCUGCGUUUCCCAGAGACGCUUGCCCCCCAAGUGGUCGAGGUGAUGACGUCAUGUUUCUCGGCUCUUCCUUCGGACCGGCCCAAUUUUUAUGCAAUAUCACGGUGCAUCUCUUCUUCUCGCUCAUCAUAA